GUUGAAAUAAACAGCUUUUAAAAAAAAUGUGGCCCAUCUUGCCCCACCUUUCCCUACUCAACAUGGGGUUCAUUCGUAAACAUUCUAUUGAGCAAUACUGGAAUAGCUCAGACUAUUCUCAUUACACUCCGGUAUUCAGAAGGGUGAUGAAACUCAACACAUUCAAACUGAUACUGCGGUUUUACCAUGCAUCAGACAGUGCCCUGGAACCGAAACACGGUACACAGAACUAUGACCCACAGUAUAAAUUUCGCCAAGUUCUAGACCACUUCAACGCAGCAUGGGCCCGCGAAUUUCAGCUAAAUCGCAUGGUGUCGAUUGAUGAGUCUAUUGUGGGCUUCAAAGGGCGGCAUGACCUGGUAAAUUAUAUCAGAAUAAAGAAACACCACCAGUGGGGACCUAAAGAAUACAAUCUAUGUGAUUCUUUGACCGGUUACCUGCAUCAGACGAUGUACCACCAAGCAGGGACCAAAAAAAGCCAGUACGGACAACCUUAUGAUGUAUGUGCCAAACUUAUGGCUCCACAUGAGAAUAAAAACCAUCUUUUAGUGGUAGACAACUAUUACACCAGCAUUCCGCUGGCUGAACAGAUGCUGAAAAAGGGGGUCUAUGUGACGGGAACAGUUCGUUGUGAUCGCCGUAAUCUACCUGCUCAGGUGAAGAAAAAAAACAACAAAAAGGGUGAUGUUACUGCCAUGAGAAAAGGACAGGUCUUAGCUAUCAGUUGGGGGGACAGAAAGCAAGUUAGACUGAUAUCCACUAGUUCUUCAGCAACUUCUGUGAAUAAAACUACAAGAAGGAAUGUUGUAAAACAAAUUCCGGAAAUUGUGACUGAGUACAACGCCGGCAUGGGAGGAGUCGAUAUAUCAGAUCAGAUGACAGACCACUAUGCUCCAGAACUGGGUACAGUGAAGUGUUGGCGUAAAGUAGUGUUCCAUCUGAUUGACAGAACUCUGACAAAUGCAUACAUUUGUUACAAGAACAAUCCAAAUGACCCCACUCCUUUAAACAAACAGAAGACGCAUUGUGACUUCAUUAUCUCUGUUGUUGAGGUUCUGAUUGGCGGCUAUUCUGAGCCUCGUGGGAAGGUUGGUAGGCCAAGUCUUGGUUCUCCUGAGUUAACAGAAUAUGUAAAAACGUCUCCAACUCCUCUCUCGCGCCAAGCCUCAAUCCAAACGGAGAGACUAUAGAUUUGAUGCAUUAGCUAGAUGCACGUGUUACACUUGUAUGUCUUCCCGGCAACUUUAUUUUGGACAUGCACGGUAUGUCAUUGGUUUUCAAUUGGCCUUAAUGUUUAAUUGGACACUUCGAUUAUUACCGUAAACUGGGGUGAAUAGGGACACCGUGGUGAAUAGGGACGAAAACCAGGAAAGUUUUUUAAGUGGAUCACUAGCUAACAUAAUAACUUCUGUAAAUGAUUUUAUGUUUCAGGUUGACAGAGUAGGUGGACAGCUCUUACUCCAUGAUAUCACACAGGGGGGCGGAUAAAAACUCUGCAUUAUUGAGGACAGAAGGCGAUUGUCAUCGAAAUCGUCAAAAAAUUGUUGUGGUCAAAACUUUGGCUGGUCAUCUUCACCCAAUAGAUCAAAUUGUCUUAGAAGCCUGUGAAGUACAGCCAAGAACCUCGUGUGGCUGUGGUAGAAAAGGUUUUUAAGUAAAAUUAAAUUUAGAUUUUCCGGAGCCAAUUUCAUUUAUUUCAGAUAAUUAGAUGAUCGUUCCGGGGUGAAUAGGGACAGAAGAUGCCGCGGACAUACAAACCAAAACCGGGUGCAAAAUCAUACAAGAAACAUGAUGAGGACAAAAUAAGACAGGCUGUUGCUGCAGUGAACCGAGGCAUGUCCAACAGAAAGGCUUCUGAACAAUUUGGGAUCCCGAAAAGUGUCAUCAAUCGACACAAACUGCAUCCAGAAACAAAAUCACAUGGUGGACAAACGGUACUCGAUGUCGCCCUUGAGGACCAUAUUGUCAACAGGAUUACAACUUGUGCUAACUGGGGGUUUUCUUUAGACGCCUUCGACCUGCGAGUUAUUAUUAAAAGUUACCUGGAUAGACGUGGGCUGGUGAUCUCAAAAUUUAAAGAUAACCUACCUGGCAAAGAAUGGGCAGCCUCCUUCCUUAAGAGACACAGAGGGGAAUUAACACAGAGGAUUUGUCAGAACAUAAAAAGAUCCAGAGCAGCUGUGUCUCAGGAGAUUCUGAAUGAUUACUUUGAUAAUUUGGCUGAAUCAGUUGAUGGUGUCCCACCUGACAACAUUCUAAAUUAUGAUGAGACCAACUUGUCUGACGACCCAGGCAGAGCAAAAGUUCUCACUAAGAGAGGAAGCAAAUAUCCAGAGAGGAUUAUGAACCAAUCAAAAUCUUCAAUUUCGUUGAUGUUUGCUGGAACUGCAAGUGGAUGUUUACUGCCACCCUACGUUGUGUACAAGUCUCUGAACAUGUAUGACACGUGGACACAGGGAGGGCUCGAAGGUACAAGAUAUAACCGGAGCAAAUCGGGAUGGUUUGACUCAUACUGUUUUUCUGAUUUGUUUUAUACCAUUGCCCUGCCAUACUUUAGAAGGCUUCCAGGGCGUAAAAUCCUUAUUGGAGAUAACUUAAGCUCUCAUCUCACAAUAGAUGUUAUCCAGGAGUGUGAGAAAAAUGAUAUUGCUUUUGUUUUUCUCCCUGCAAACUCCACUCACCUGUGUCAGCCACUAGAUGUGUGCUUUUUCCGCCCGAUGAAAAUGGCAUGGAGGCCUAUCCUAGCAAGAUGGAAGAAGAAGGGUGCAACACAGUCAUCAAUCCCCAAGGAUACGUUUCCUCGCCUUCUGAUGGAGCUAAUGGACCAGCUAAGUACAAACACACCAGACAACCUGAAAUCCGGAUUCGCGAAAUGUGGAAUCUUCCCUCUUGACCGACAAAAAGUUCUGUCUCGUUUGCCAGAAACUUCAGAUUCGGCAGUCAGCGAUGUAGACAGAACAGCAGUGGAUGACUCAGUUGUCUCGAUGCAGUUGUGGACGAUGUUGUUGUUGACAAUUCUGAUGACGAACCGGCUUCCACGAAUGGAAAUAUUGACAACGAAAGGCAUGUACCCCAGCCAGGUGGUGAUGCGAGGGGGCGUGGUCUUCACCACCAACAGCAUUACACGAGACAACAACUGACUCAGCUUGAGUGGGAAUCUAUCACGGGUGAUGUUUUUUCUUUGGAUUGGUGCCCCGAAUUUGAUACAGGCAAGUCCUAUCCAUGCCUAAAGAAGGACAUGACAGACAAGAAACCAGUUGACUAUUUCUAUGAGUUUUUCCCCAAGCCUCUAUUCAAAACUUUUGCAGAACAAACAAAUAUAUAUGCCAUGCAGUAUUUAGACGGUACAGAUGAUUUUCCAGUGAGGUCUCGUUAUCACAAGUGGCAUGACACAAGUGAAUCUGAAAUGAGAGCCUAUGUGGCCCUAGCCUCCUCAUUACGGAUACGCGAAAUUUCGCGCAUCGGGAAUUCCCCGUCCUAAUUCUUCCGCGUUGCCCAUACUAACCUGUUAUAGCGCAUUGAAUCGCUCAGUUUGGCUGUCUAAUAAUAUAUGGUAACACCCAGGGCCCAAUUCUCGAUACUUCGGCCACGUGUUUCGGCCACAUGUGCGCAUGCGCUUGCUUAUGUCGUGAAUCCUGCAGGCCUCGUGGGGAGCACGUUGUUGCUGUAAUACCGGUAGCGAUUU